AUGAAUGACCACGAGGCCGACAAGGGCGGCUGCCUUGAACACUACCUUGACCUCUGUGCAGAUGAGGGCGCUCGUAGCGAGAGUGGAAAGCAAUCCUGUUUUGUGACCGUGACCGAGCUGUUUGAGAGGCUUCGGGAGGAGUCCUCGCUGGAUGAACUCGUCACGGGGGUGUACGUCUACGCAGAGCCAGAAAACUCGUGGGCGCCCUUCGCGAUUCUCUCAGGCGACCACUAUUUUAUCGUCCUCGAGACGCAUAGCUGGUGGUGGUCCGUUGAACUGCGUGAUGGACUGAUGGUGCUGCAGCGCGGAAAAGAUUUCUCCAGCGUGCAGAACCGCUGCCGAGGUCGAUACCGCCGCUGCCGCUUGCUACAAAAUGGGCCUCGGCUUGUAUCUCAAGGCGUAUGUGGGCGGCGCCGUUUUAAUGACGUCCUUUUGCUGGUAUAUCGUCAAGGGUUCUUCAACGGGGGCGACGGCGGCGGCGGUGUCUCCGGGCACUCGCCGGUGUCCUUGGCCCUUGUUAGUUUCAUCUGCAAGGAAUGUGAUGUGCGCCAGGUGAGUGGGGCCAGUCUUGUGUGA